AUGCACAGCUCCCUUUCCGACCCCCCACUUAACAGUCCACCUACACGGCUGUAUUUACGCACUAAUUCACCAGCUCCCGCCUCCAAUGCGCAGCUACCUACCUCAACUCCCCGAAUCAUCGGUGAACGAAACAAUGACUGUACGACAAGUUCACGGUUCUCGCCGCGGAUAAUAAUGAUGGAAAUACGAGAUCACGGUGUCGGCUUUGCCCUUCCUGAUCUCACCGACAAAAAGGCUGGUUCAGAAUUUGGUGGAAUCAACCCUCAUUUGCAUCACUUUGAAGGGGAAAGGGGUCUUCAACCACCGACAGCACCUGCUCAAACUGCUCGAAGAAGUGACGCGUGCCCCUUUGAAGCCGCAUCAAAGAAUGGAUAUCACGAGGAACUACUUGAUAUCAAGGCUGACAUAUUCGCUCGUGCUCGGCCAAGUCCACAGGAACACGCUAAAAAGAUUGGACAACUAAAUCAGACAAUAUAUUCGUGGCUGACUAUGUCUACCGAAGGACACCCCGAUCAGCUACAUCCACGCCGUGAUGCAUUCAUACGAGCCACUUACUGCGAGCAGGCACUGGUAGACCGAAUAUUGUUGAACAUCGAGUUCGUCCCGGAUACCAGACAACCAUGUAAGUCCGGAGCAAAGACACGUCGAUUUCUUGCACUUUCGGGGUUACCAUAG